CCCCCUUUUUUUUUUUUGGUCAGAAACCCAAAUUGACCGAUAAAAACCCUAAUUAAUCCCUGUGUUGGUCACUCCCUCGUGUUUGGAGUCUAAACCCUAAAAUGUCCCUCACAAUCUCAGCGAGAAAACAAGGCGAAAACCAGUCCGACGAUGCUGCUUCGGCUGCAAAGCCAACUCGCAUCAAAAUCGGGAAGUCUGCUGAAGAUAGCGACAAAAAGGGUGCAAACAGGAGGGUUAAGGAUGUCGAAAUUUGCGUUCCAAUAGUGUAUGGAACAAUUGCAUUUUAUCUUGGUAGGAAGGCCAGUGAGUCUCAGUCGCAUAAGUGGACAGUCUAUGUACGUGGGGCAACAAAUGAGGAUCUUGGUGUCGUGAUAAAGCGAGUGAUGUUUCAAUUGCAUCCUAGUUUCAAUAACCCUAUGAGAGUGGUUGAAUCGCCCCCAUUCGAGAUAUCGGAAUGUGGAUGGGGUGAAUUUGAAAUUGCCAUCAGCCUUUUUUUCCACAGCGAUGUCUGUGAUAAACAAUUGGAUUUGUAUCACCAUUUGAAGUUAUAUCCUGAAGAUGAAUCUGGCCCUCAGACAACCAAGAAACCUGUUGUAGUUGAAUCGUACAAUGAAAUUGUAUACCCUGAUCCAUCCGAGAAUUUUUUGGCUCGUGUGCAGAAUCAUCCAGCUGUCAUUGUUCCUCGGCUGCCUGCUGGUUUUAACUUGCCCGAUCCUGUGCCAAUUGAGACUAAUUCUGACAAGGAGAAAGGUGAUACCAAAGAUCAUCCGUUUAGUCAAUGGUUCAUGAAUUUCUCAGAGGCUGACGAGCUUUUGAAACUUGCAGCAGCUCGUCAGCAGGUACAAGCUCAUAUUGUUAAGCUGAGAAGACAAUUGAGUGUGAUGGAUGGGCUGCCUCAGCUGUCAAAACCACCCACUGGUUAUGAAUUUUCAUGAUCAUGGGCUGCCUCAGAGUGUGAUGGGUAGUUCACGUUUAGCAGCGUAUAUAGUAGAAGAUGAUACAUAAUUAUGUAAUGUGGAUUAGCUCACUUUAGGGACCCCUGUUUCUUUUUAAUCUCUAUUUCUGUAAUAGCCAAGUGACUGAUGUUUAGUAUAUUCAAAAUGGAUGGUUGUGUAGCAUUGCAAAACGGGAGUAGUGUAUAUAUGUACUUGUAAUAGGUUGGUCUGUCAAGGUAUAUCUGUCAGGAUAUAUUCAUCCGUCUAUAUAUGGAUAAGUCACUUGAUAUAUUCAUCUUAAA